AAAAGAAUUCAAAGGAAAGACCCAAUUCAAAUACUAUUCUCUCGCUUUCUUCUCAAGUCUUCUUCAUUCCAUUAUCAUCUUUGAUUCAUCUGAUCCAAAAGAAAGAAGAAGGAAAUAAAUAAUUUGAUCUUUAAUUUACUGAUCAAUUUCAUGGCGUCGGAGCAAUUGAUGUUGGGAGAUGGGCCCCGCUACUACCAGAUGCAAUCGGAUCCGCUAACCUCCAGGACCUCAUCAGCCGUCUCCUCCACUGAGUCAACUCGGAUUUUCGAUGAGUUACCUAAAGCUACCAUCGUCUCCGUCUCUAGACCCGAUGCCGGCGAUAUCAGCCCCGUGCUCUUAUCUUACACCAUCGAAUUCCGAUACAAACAAUUUAAGUGGCGGUUAAUAAAGAAGGCUUCACAGGUUUUCUACUUGCACUUUGCUUUGAAGAGGCGAUUGUUUAUUGAAGAAAUUCACGAGAAGCAAGAGCAGGUUAAAGAAUGGCUUCAAAAUCUAGGGAUAGGAGAACAUUCGCCAGUUGUGCAAGAUGAUGAUGAACAGGAUGAUGAUGCUCUUCCUUUACAUCAAGAUGAUAGUACUAAAAAAAGGGAUGUUCCAUCAAGUGCUGCUCUUCCGGUUAUUAGACCAGCCUUGGGAAGGCAGUCUUCUGUGUCUGACAGAGGAAAGGUUGCCAUGCACGAAUAUUUGAAUCAUUUUCUUGGAAAUAUGGAUAUCGUGAACUCUCCAGAGGUUUGCAAGUUUUUGGAGGCUUCAAAGUUGUCAUUUUCUUCUGAGUACGGCCCUAAGCUGAAGGAAGACUAUGUAAUGGUGAAACAUCUACCCAAACUUGCAAAGAAUGAUGAUGACUCUGAUAGAUGCUGUGCAUGUCACUGGUUCAAUUGCUGUAAUGACAACUGGCAGAAGGUGUGGGCUGUGCUGAAACCUGGAUUCUUGGCCUUGCUGGCUGAUCCGCUGGAUACCAAACCCUUAGAUAUAAUUGUUUUUGAUGUAUUACCUGCCUUGGCUGGUAACACUGAGGGCCGGGCAUCAUUAGCAGUUGAAGUAAAGGAACAUAAUCCUUUACGCCAUGCUUUUAAGGUCACAUGUGGAAUUCGGAGCAUAAGGUUAAGAACUAAAAGUAGUGCUAAAGCUAAAGAUUGGGUUGCUGCAAUUAAUGAUGCUGGGCUUCGGCCCCCUGAGGGAUGGUGUCAUCCUCAUCGCUUUGGCUCUUUUGCUCCUCCACGGGGUUUGACAGAAGAUGGUAGUCAGGCUCAAUGGUUUGUGGAUGGUAGGGCAGCUUUUGAUGCAAUAGCUUCAUCAAUUGAAAAUGCUAAAUCAGAGGUUUGUCCUUUUCACUCUUGCAGAUAUUUUAUUUGUGGCUGGUGGCUUUGCCCAGAAUUGUACCUACGCCGUCCUUUUCCUGAGCAGGCAUCCUCCAGGCUUGAUGCUUUGCUGGAAGCCAAAGCUAAGCAGGGGGUUCAGAUAUAUAUCCUUCUCUACAAAGAACUUGCUUUGGCUUUGAAAAUCAAUAGCGUCUAUAGCAAGAGAAAGCUUCUUAGCAUUCAUGAGAAUGUGAGGGUAUUGCGUUAUCCGGAUCACUUCUCUACUGGUGUCUAUCUGUGGUCUCACCAUGAAAAACUUGUGAUUGUUGAUUACCAAAUUUGUUUUAUUGGUGGACUUGAUUUAUGCUUUGGUCGCUAUGACACAUUUGAACACAAGGUGGGUGAUAAUCCUCCCUCAGUAUGGCCCGGAAAAGACUACUACAAUCCAAGGGAAUCUGAACCAAAUUCAUGGGAAGAUAUGGUAAAGGAUGAGUUGGAUCGAGAGAAAUAUCCUCGCAUGCCUUGGCAUGAUGUACAUUGUGCAUUAUGGGGACCACCUUGUCGAGAUAUAGCACGUCAUUUUGUUCAGCGGUGGAACUAUGCCAAGAGAAAUAAAGCACCAUAUGAGGAAGCAAUUCCACUACUUAUGCCUCAACAACAUAUGGUGAUUCCACAUUAUAUGGGAAGAAGCAAGGAAAAUGAGUUUGAUAGCAAGAAUGUUGAGGAAAAUAAGAUAGGUUCCAAAAGACGGGACUCCUUUUCUUCAGGAUCAUAUUUUCAAGAUAUUCCUCUACUUUUGCAUCAAGAAGCCAAGGAGUUGGAUAAUUGCAGUGUGUUUUCAAAAUCAAAUGGGUUGGAUACUACUGCCAGUAAAAGUCUUUCUUUUGCUUUCAGAAAGUCUAAAAUAGAACCAGCAGUUGCAGACACUCCUAUGAAAGGCUUUGUUGAUGACCUUGGCUCCUUGGAUCUUUAUAACGAAAGAUCUUCAGAUGUAAAAAAACAGCCUGAAGCUGAACUUCCAGACUCAGAGUGGUGGGAGAUACAAGAACGGGCUGCUCAAGGUGUUUUUCUAGAUGAGGCUGGACAGGUUGGACCACGAACAUCAUGCCAGUGUCAGAUUAUAAGGAGUGUCAGUCAGUGGUCUGCUGGAACCAGCCAAAUAGAAGAGAGUAUUCACUGUGCUUACUGCUCCCUCAUUGAGAAAGCAGAACACUUUGUUUAUAUAGAGAACCAAUUCUUCAUAUCAGGUCUCUCUGGAGAUGAAAUUAUUCGGAAUCGUGUGUUAGAAGCAUUAUAUCGGCGUAUAAUGCGAGCAUACAAUGAAAAUAAGUGUUUUAGGGUUAUCAUUGUCAUACCACUGCUUCCUGGCUUUCAGGGGGGUGUUGAUGAUGCUGGUGCUGCAUCUGUGAGAGCCAUAAUGCAUUGGCAGUAUCGAACCAUUUGCAGAGGACAAAGUUCAAUCCUGCAUAAUCUUUAUGAUCUUAUUGGUCCUAAAACUCAUGAUUACAUUUCUUUCUAUGGUCUUAGAGCACACGGUAAACUUUUUGAUGGCGGUCCCGUGGCUACCAGUCCGGUCUAUGUGCAUAGUAAAGUCAUGAUUAUUGAUGAUUGUGCAGCCUUAAUUGGAUCUGCUAAUAUUAACGAUAGAAGUUUACUCGGCUCAAGAGAUUCAGAGAUUGGUGUACUUCUUGAAGACAAAGAAUUCGUUGAUUCAUGGAUGGGAGGAAAGCAUUGGAAGGCCGGGAAAUUUGCUUUGAGUCUUCGCCUCUCAUUGUGGUCUGAACAUCUUGGUCUUCGUCGAGGAGAGAUAAAUCAAAUAAUGGACCCCAUUACCGAUUCGAGUUAUAAAGAUAUAUGGGUUGGUACUGCGAAGAUGAACACGACGAUCUACCAGGAUGUGUUUUCCUGUGUCCCAAAUGAUCUUAUACAUUCCCGGCUUGCACUCCGACAAAGCAGUGCAUUUUGGAAAGAAAGACUCGGUCACACUACGAUCGAUUUAGGAAUAGCCCCUGCGAAGUUAGAAUCAUACCAGAACGGAGAGAUGAAACAGGUGGAUCCGGUGGAAGGAUUAAAAUCGGUAAGAGGACAUCUGGUUUCUUUCCCCUUGGAUUUCAUGAGCAAAGAAGAUUUAAGACCCGUGUUCAAUGAGAGUGAAUAUUAUGCAUCUCCCCAAGUUUUUCAUUGAGGAAGGGAGAUUGCUAAAGUCUCAUU